AAACUCCGCUGGUCGUCGCGGCCCUUCCCCCGCUCCCGGUGCAGAUUCUGCCGGUGCCAAGGCCAUGGCGGUGUCGCGGCUCGCCUGGCUGCUAGGCCGCGAACCGGACGCCGCGUGGAGAGCGGCAAGAUUACCCGUUCUUUGCCAUUCUUUGAGGAAAAUGUGCUCUCAAGGAGGAAAGCCUGAACUCAGCAAACAAUCCCUUAAGAAGCCAAAGUUACCAGAAGGUCGCUUUGAUGCACCAGAAGAUUCCACUGUAGAGAAAGAACCAUUGACAAAAUUCCCAGAUGAUAUUAAUCCUGUUACCAAAGAAAAAGGCGGACCCAGGGGCCCAGAACCGACCCGAUACGGGGACUGGGAACGAAAAGGACGCUGUAUUGACUUUUAAGCCAUAUGUUUGUUUUUUUCAGUAUCUUUUUCAAAAUAUGUAUAUCUACAUUAAAUUAUUUCCGAUUAUCUCCUUA